UCCGGCACGUGCUGGCGAUGUCAUGCCCGCCGCCCCUCCUCGACGACUCUUGCAAGCAUCGGCGUCCUAUUCCUGGACGCUUCGUCUAUUCUUAGAUGGCCUCUCGAGGCGUCGUCUAUUCUUAUCCUUUUCAAAGUGCUCUUUGCUUGUUCAGCUGCUGUGGUGGUCUCGAUACUGUCGGUACUAGGUGAUUUGACGCCUUAUCUGGCUGAGACUUAGAUCUAGCAAACCCCUCUUGUCCGCUUCCUGGCCGGCUGGGACAGCUUGGUCGUUUCGAGGUUGAUUUUGGUCUCUAUUUCACCAAUUUUUGCCCGGAGAUGUCGUCCAAUGCGGGACAAAAUCCGACUGCCUCUAAAGCGGUAAAUAUAUCGAACACCUCGGCCGCUCCUGCAACGUUCCAUUCUUCAGCUCCGACCGACAACAGCUUCCAGCGACGUGCAGGGGGAUCUGGAAGUCUUGGCGCAGGACUAUCCGCCAGAAAUCUAGGCGCAGCAAGGAAUAACCAGGCCCGAAAGAGUCAGCAUAAGCGACAGAGGAAACCCCGAUUGUUGGAUGAUGACGAGUACAGUGAAUCGGCCGUCAUGAGAUCAACAAACAGCCGCAAGGGACAGACGUCCAUCACCCAUUUGAUGAACUUUUCCUUACCACCCCGUCCGCAGUACCAGCCGCCGCCGCGUAACGCCCGGCGCUAUACUUCAUGGGGAGCGGGAUCUGGAUAUCAUGCGGUGGAUAAGGCGCGCUACGUUCAUGCCAAUUACCGAUUCAUUGUCUCGCCAACCCAAAAUUACCAUGCCCAGGCCGCAAAUGCCGACGUUCAUCUUGACUGGGCUUCAGUGCUUCAGGUACUGGUCUCCGCUCAAACACAGGCUGCCAGUUGCCCAAUAUGUCUGUCAACGCCGGUUGCACCACGAAUGGCUCGAUGUGGCCAUAUCUUUUGCCUGCCCUGUCUCAUUCGUUACAUGCAUGCAUCAGAUGACGAUAAUCACCACGCCCCUGAGAAAAAACCUCGAUGGAAGAAAUGCCCAAUCUGCUGGGACUCAAUCUACUCGUCUGAGACUCGCCCCGUUCGAUGGUUCCGCGGCCAGGAGGGCGAUCUCCCCAUUGAGGGCGGGGAUGUUGUCUUGAGACUAGUCAAGCGAGAGCCUGGCAGUACUCUCGCCCUCCCACGAGACGGUGCCGAGACCCUCAAUGCUGGGGACGAUGUUCCAUGGUUCCAUGUCGCGGAGGUUGCCGAUUACUCUCGAAUUAUGAAGGGAGGGCAAGACUAUAUGAUAUCUCAGUACGAGGCUGAGAUUGAAGACCUUCGCAGACAGGAAAUUGAAGAUGAGCUUUUGUUUGGCGAUGAGAAUACCUGGACGCGGAAGGCCAUCAGUACUAUCAAUGAGGCCAAAGAAAAGGUACAGGGGAUUGGGAAUCCACCCGACAUUUCUCGUCAGUCUACUGCAAAUAAGCCAAUUCGUGACCCAGCAGCGGAGCCCGAUGCAUCUGCAUCUGGUUCAUCCGAAAGCAUGGAUCCAUCCGGUAACGGAUCUUCCGCUGCCUCUGGCACUGAUAUCAUACAACCCCCAACGGACGCAACAUCAGCCCCAAAUACCUCAGAUGAAGCGGAGCAUCUAUCAGAGGCCAUGGGCAACGUUCAAAUCAACCAAAAGUCCCUUGCCAGGUCACGGCAAAAUGGCAGGGGCAAGGAAGCACAGGCACAUCCGUCUGAUCAGCCAUAUUACUUUUACCAGGCACUACCUCAGUUCUAUCUCUCUCCUCUUGACAUCCGCAUUCUCAAGGCAGCGUUUGGCGAUUAUGCUCAUUUCCCUGCUACGAUCCUGCCCCGGGUAGAGCAUAUCUCCACUGGUCACAUGGUUGAUGACGAGCUUCGCAAGCGUGUCAAAUACUUGGGCCACCUGCCCUACGGAUGUGAGGUUAAUUUCCUUGAAUGUGACUGGAGAGAUGUUGUCGUGCCGGAAGUCUUGAGCCGUUUCCGCUCCGAGACUGAGAAGAGGCGCAAACGUAACCGGGAAAAAGAAGCCCGCGAAGAGAAAGAUCGCAUCCGCGCGGAGAAAAAGGAAGACGAGGAGCGCUGGGCCGCUGCACGUCGCAAACGACCCAGUUUUGGGAGUGCUAGCGAAGCGCCAUUCGCUACUCACGCCUUUCAACCACUGGCCAACGAUGCCGAGCCGUCCCAAUUUGACAGUGGCAUGUCUUCCGCCUCGCCCCCUCGUACUCCAUCUCAGUUUGGCGCAUUGGCUUCCCCUUCCUCCAGCCCACCGGGCGCUCGUACUGUCUGGGGAACGACCGCGAUCCCAUCGCUUUCUCCGAUUUUGGAUGCUCAACCUACAAUCCCUAAUGAUGGCUGGCUACAGGGCUGGGAGGAUGAAUUACUGGCCCGACAGGAGUCCGAAAUCAUUGCACAGACUGCUCAUGAGAGUCAGGCUUCUGGACCCUCGGCCUUACAAGGUGGAAGUGGAAGUGGAAGUGGUGGUGGUGGUGGAGGAGGAGGAGGAGGCGGCAAGAAGAAAAAGAAGAACAAGAUCACUUUGAUGUCGACCAACAGUCAUAGAGGAGCAUAGACCCCGACGAUCGGCCGGAUCAGGCGCAGAUGGUUAUCACAGCGUGGAGGUCUAUACUUGCAGAAUGGGACUCGGAGUGGUAUCUGAUUUUCGUCUCUUUGUCGCGCACUGCACUGCAUUAUCAUGUCUCACCAUUACAUAUAUCAUUUCUUGUUAAACCGAAUGUUUUGAGUUCCGUUCUGCCCUUUGCAUCGCGGCUCUGGGCCCACAUUCCAGUCAUACAACAUUUCAACUCGAUCUUGGAACACAGAAUACAGGAUAAAUGACAAUCAAUAUAAGACCAUGAAUAUCCACCUA